CGUAGACAUGGUAGACAUGGUAGAGACAAAGAGAUGAACGAACGGCGCAAAAUGAGUCCUUUGCUCACGCCAAUUUUCACAUUCCUUGCAUUGAUUUGCUUGGUUUCUGGGGUAUCGUGUGGUCACUCGCAGCCUCCCGUUCUUCAGUACACACUAGCUUAUGGGAAUGAAGGAAAUCCAAGCAACGAACCUGCGCUGAAAGUGGCCGAAAACUAUCUGAACGACACGCUCAAUUCGCUAAAGUGUGAUGACAACGGCCUUUUCGCCAAGGAGCGAUGGGAGUUGGUGGUCCGAAUCAAGGUUCUGGACAGGCAUUCAAAGAAUGAGAGUUACCUAGUUCGGAGAUUUCUAACUGAUGAACGCAGCGCUGAUGUGAUUAGCGUGGAAGGUGUAGGCGUGCUUGGCACAGUGUUCGGCGUGUUCGCCUUUGCGCAGCAAUGCCGCGUCAACCCAUGUCAGUGUGGUGGCGUGGAAAUCCAGCACACCGAGCCCAGCUUCACACUGCGAACGCUGAGCGAAGAGGGACAGCUUCUAGACCUGCCGGACAGAGGAUAUCGUCUGGACACGAACCCUUACCUGAACACCAGCAAAAUCACGGAGGAGUGUGCUUACAUUCAGAGUACGCUUGUCCCUGAGAUGCUGAAGCAUGGGUUCAACUCCCUGACUAUUCUUCAUCAUGAUCUAGAAGAGUAUGUGACAUACAAGUACCUGAGCGGAGUGAGUGUUUAUGCUGCCGACGAUCCACACGUCAACAGGUCAGCAGCAUUGAGCCUGCUCAUCAAAAGCUUUGUGAAUACGCUGCACUCGUACCAUUUAACCGUGUUCAUUCAGCCGUACGAAGUCUCCUGUCCGCCCGUGCUCUGCAAACUCAAUCUGUACGCUGGCAGCCCUGAUCUGGAUCACGUACUGCAGGCAAGGUACAGGGAAUUCUUUGAGCUCACUGACGUCGACGGCGUCAUCGUGACCGUCUCAGAUUCCUGGUCACCUCGUGCUGGUUAUCAGUUUCACAAAGCGUGGACUAAUGCUAAGGAGCUGGCGCAGGUGGCGACAUCAUUCCACGACGCCAUCGUGAACAAGUGCAACAAGACAUUCAUCUGUCGACUGUGGCAGUGGAAUGGCGGACAGGAUUGGGAAGCACUACUUCAAGGAACUCCUAGCGAUCUCAUUUUCUCCGUUAAAGUUACUGCAGGUGACUAUCUCCUUGAUCAACCUAUCCACCCGUUGCUUGCAGCCAACUCCACUGCACCGCAGCAGCGCCCUAUCAUGGUCUUAGUGGAUGUGUUCAGAGAGUACAAUGGCUGGGCGAAGACGGUCUGCUACGUUCAGCAGUGGGACGCUCGGUUGAAGCAGGUCCACAAGCUGGGUGUGCGCAUGCUUAAUGUCUGGGGAGCGUGGUCUCCAGGUUGUACAUGGCCAGAUUCCGGCAGUCAGCUCAUCAAUGGCACAGCGGGCCAGUACAAAUCCUGGCAGGGUCUGUACAACAACUACCGCGUCUAUACCGCAUCGCCGGAUAUGAUAUUUUCCGGUGCUCGUCCCAGUGCUUAUCUGCUAUAUCGCCUAGCCAUGAACAUUGGCGAUGACAUGGGCCAGAUCACAGCUGACUUUGGCUCUCUGUACUUUGGCAAGGCCAAUUCCGAACACAUAGCCAAUGCUUUGUUCGUAACACAGGAUGCUUAUCUGAAUGCGCUCAGCUAUCCAAGAUCAGUUGCCGACUUUGUUGUCCAGUGGGCUGUGGUCUUCAAUCCAGUUGAUUCCAAGCUGGAGGUGUUCCCAAAAAUUACCAAUUAUAGUGAACUGCUGGAGGUCAAUGGCAAUGUGCGGAGGGCAAUUCUCUACUUUAAUGGCAACCUGAGCAAUGUGGCUGCCCCACCAUCACAGGACAUAUGGCAGAGCUUCAACAAAUCGGCAGCCAUCACUGUUCUGUACUGGUCGUCGCUGAUUACCUGGAGACAAAUCUAUCACCUGAACCACAGCCUGGCCCUGGGUCAUCGUACGACAUGCGCACUGCUUAGCUCAAGUCUUUCCGAAUGGCAUACUCUGAUGGCCAACUGGGACACAGUAGCGCCAGAGCAAGGUGAGGAUUGGGAAAUCACACGCGUUUCUCGUAAGCUGGAAAGCCGGCCAGACUUCUUCCACGCCUACGUUUCGUUCAAUGACUAUGUCAGAAAGAUCGAGUCCAACUUCAAUACCCACUGUACGAGGUGAGAGUCAGAGAUACACACUAACUCUCUACUCUUUAGCAACGAUCCGAACUAGCGCACACACUGCACUGCAUUGUUUUGUACUGCAUUCAACACUGACGUCAUGCGCUUUGUUUUGCUGCGUAAUCACAAAUGGCACCCAGCCCGUCUUGCUGAAAAGAAAACAAAUCUUGCUUGCCCUGUUGUGCUCUACCAGACAACGGAUCGUGCUUCAGCAGUGUUUCUUUUCCCCCCAUCCCCCCCCCCCCCCCAUCCAACUUAUUCACAACUGGUGUUAUUUAGCUAUUUGCUGCGGCUCUGCCUUGCGCUAUAAUACAUCCAUUUAGCAUUGCUGCUCUACUUUGAUCUAACCGCAGCUCUACUUGGAGCUAACAGCAGCUCUGCUCUAAGCUAACAGCAGCUCUACGUUGAGCUUCGAACCAGUUGUUUCAAAACCAGCACUCAAUCCAAAGAUGCCUCUUUGUUGA